GGUUGAAAAAAUAUUAAUUUAAAUAUUAUCAUCAUCAUCAUGUUUUUGAAGCCUUUCAAGGUUAAAUCAAAUACCCAACUGAAAACUUCUGACAAGAAGAAGCUGCGUGUUCAAAUGAGUCAACAAUUCUUAAAGUUGUCAGAGGAAGACAUUCACCAGCUGGUGCCUCUGAAGGAAGAUGUGGCAGCAAUGAAGCUUUACUGUAAUAAAGGAGAUCCCACUGUAGUAUAUUUGUGUUCAGGAUGCCCUUUGGCCUUCACCGUGAACAGCCACUUGGGCAGUGUGCUGCUGCCUUCAGUAUACAUGUGCUGGCUGUACCCAGCUGACACUGUUGCUACAGUGUUCCACACGCACCCUGACGUGCUGGAGCGGCUACAGCAAGGGGCUGACCUCAUGAUGCCUGGUGUCAUCAUCUCUGGUCAGCUUUCCCCUACAACAUUUGGCAACUUUGAGGCUGGGAGCCCAGCAGUAGUUGUGUGUCGUGGCGCUGUCGUGGCGGUCGGGACAACGGCUCUUUCCUCCACUGACCUGUACAUGGCGGGUGGCCAUGGCAAGGCAGUCAUUACAGCUCAUGUUUUGGGUGAUCAUCUCUGGGCCGCCGGCACCAAAGCCAUGCCUAAUUUCACCGAACAGAUUCCAUCAGCACCAUCGUCGACGCCUGUUCCUGAGACGCCAGAGAGCGGCAGUGCUACAUGUGACUAUGGCAGCUGCAGCAGCUGCACAGUCUCUGAAGAGCAGCAGCUGCAGGAGCAGAUGGACGAGCUGCAGGUGGUCGAUGAUCAGACAUCUGCAACUCCUCCGGCCCAGGUAUCUGGCAACUCGUGUGAAGCUAUGGACGCUCUCCUGCUGCACUGUUUCCUGAAGGCGGUGCAGCAAAGCAACGGCAAGCUGCCCCUGCCGCUCCUCACAAGCUCCUUCUACAGGCUACACGUCUUGCCCGCCUGUCCCGACAACUCUGCUCUUGACAUCAAGAAAACCUCUUACAAAAAACUCUCUAAGUUCCUCAGCGCCAUGGAGGAACGAGGCAUCCUUAAGAUCUCCGAGCCCAAGAAAGGCGUUGAGAACAUCUCCAGCGUUGACUACGAACAUCCUGACGUUACAAACUUCAGAUAUAGUAAGUCAGAAACUACAGUGGCACAAGUGUCGGGGGAGAGUGGGGGGUUUGUCCCACCUACUCUAGAAGAAGUGCAUCAAGUGUCAGGCAACACCGUUGAGUUCUUCAGGAGCUGCGGCAAGUGUAAGGGCGACGUCCUCUCGAAACAAGACGUCCGAGACAUCGUUACCAGUUAUGUUAAACGCAAGAACUUGGCUGAUCCGCAAACAGGAAUGGUGAACCUGGAGCCAGUUCUCCACGAGGCCAUCAUUGCUCCUAAAGAAGGACUCGUGCGGCUCAUGAAGUGGGAUCAGAUAUUUUCUCGGCUGCUUGGUCGUAUGUCACCUGCUGUGCGCAUUCGAAGACCUGGCCAAGCCGAUAUCAUUAAGAAGGGAAAAAUUGAGUGCAUCGAGAUGGUGGUCGCAAAGCGCGCUGGAAAUAAAAAGGUGACGCUUGUGUAUCACGUAUCCAAUUUCGGCGUGGAUGAGCACGAGUUCGCGCGUCAGGUGCAAGUGCUGGCGGCGGCAAGCACGAGCGUCGGGCCUGCGGAACACAAGCCCCAGGGCACCGUGCAGAUCCUGGUGCAGGGCAACGCUACGGGCGAGGUCGCCAAGCUCCUCAUGGAAACCUACAACAUCCCCAAGAAGUAUAUUAAAGGUCUGGAGCUUAUUCCUAAGAACAAGAAAGGCAGGAACUGAAGACUGUAUUUCUCUUUAGCUUUGUUCAUAACCGCUUACAAUAAACGGUUCUUAGAUGUGUAUCAUGUCUUUGACCACAACACG